AUGGCUGACAAACAAGAACCUUACCGAAUAGAGCAGUUAGCAAUCAAUAUUUUCUGUAUUCAUGAAAAGGAUUACUGUAAUCAUAAUCCUCUCAUGUAUUUGAUUAUUGGUACUAAAAAAGCACUACUUUUGGAUACAGGAUGUGGAACAGGUAAUUUAUAUAAGUAUUUGGAAGAUUAUUUUGGAUUUGUAAAGCAGAAGAAAUCUCUUGUAGUAGUGAACACUCAUAACCAUCCUGAGCAGAUAAGUAAUAACUGGCAAUUUUCUCCUGUUGGAUUUGGUGGUCUUGCAAAUAAUGUAGAAGCUUUAUGCGCAUCAAAUCGUAAUUCGUAUUAUACAAAUCUUCACGAUAAUCAGUAUGACUGGCAGGUCAAACCGUAUAAAGUGACAAAAUGGUUGUCGGAUGAAGAGGUUAUUAAGCUUGGGGAUCAAGACAGUGACCAGAUAGAAGUACUUCACACGCCUGGACAUACUCCUGAUUCAUUAACUUUAUGGUAUGCUUCAGCAGGGCGAUUUUUUGUUGGUGGUCUCUUACAUAGAUACAGCGACGUGUUAUUGACGUUUGUGUUAAGGUAUAGUUCAGUCGUCAGUGACGUAGACAGUCCGUGUCUCCCAAACGUGCGUGAGUUUCAGCGUUUCUUAAUUUCUAUCCUAGCUGGAACAUUAUCUGAUGAUGCUGUAUGCUAUCAUAAUAGAGGAAAUGGUAAUUCAAUUUUUGGAUUUAAUUUCUUAUCAAAACUCAAAAUAUAA